AUGGCGGACCCGGCAAUGGACGUGGCCUCUGCUAGCAGCGCGGGCGCGUGGCGGCUGCGGCACCUGCACCUGUCCCUGCGCGUGGCCUUCGCGGCGGCGGGCGCGGGGCGGCUUCACGGGACCGUGCGGCUCGAGCUCUGCUGCGCGCGCGAGGGCGCGGGCCCGCUGCGGCUGGACGCGCACCCGAGCGUGGCCGUGCGCGGGGUCGCGCUCCUCACCAGCCCCGCGGACGGCGCCGGAGACGGCCCCGCCGGCAACCCCCGGCAGCCGCUCGCCUUCGAGAGCCACCCCUUCACCAGCUACGGCAGCGCCCUCCACAUCGACCUGCCCCAGCCCCUGCGCGCCGGGCAGCUUCUCACCAUCGAGAUCGACUAUGAGGCGGGAGAGGGGCCCGGGGUGUGCUGGCUGGCCCCUGAGCAGACGGCAGGGAAGCAGAAGCCCUACAUGUACACACAAGGCCAGGCUGUCCUCAACAGGUCCUUCUUCCCCUGCUUCGAUACCCCCUCAGUCAAAAGCACCUAUUCAGCCACGGUGAAGGUCCCUGAGGGCUUCACAGCUGUGAUGAGUGCCACGAGCUGGGAGAAGCAGAAGGACAACACCUUUGUCUUCAAGAUGUCCCAGCCCAUCCCCUCCUACCUGAUUGCUCUGGCUGUUGGGGACAUUGUGUCUGCUGAAGUUGGCCCAAGGAGCCGUGUCUGGGCUGAGCCCUGCCUGAUCGAGGCGGCCAAGAAGGAGUAUGACGGAGUCAUUGAGGAGUUCCUGGUGGUUGGAGAGAAGCUCUUUGGACCUUAUGUCUGGGGCAGGUAUGACAUCCUCUUCAUGCCACCCUCCUUCCCCUUCGGGGGGAUGGAGAACCCUUGCCUCACCUUCCUGACGCCCUGCCUGCUGGCCGGGGACCGCUCGCUGGUGGACGUCGUCAUCCACGAGAUCUCCCACAGCUGGUUUGGCAACCUGGUCACCAAUGCCACCUGGGGAGAGUUCUGGCUGAACGAAGGCUUCACCAUGUACGCCCAGCGCCGCAUUUCCACCCAGGUCUAUGGCUCAGCCUACACCUGCCUGGAGGCUGCGACGGGCAGGGCCCUCCUGCGCCAGCACAUGGACAGCACCGGGGAGCAGCAUCCCCUGAACAGGCUGCGGGUGGUCAUCGAGCCAGGGGUCAAUCCAGAUGACACAUACAAUGAGACCCCCUACGAGAAGGGUUACUGCUUUGUGAGCUACCUGGCUCACCUCGUGGGGGACCAGAGCAAGUUCGAUGCCUUCCUCCAGGCCUAUGUGAACCGCUUCAAGUUCCAGAGCAUCACAGCAGAUGACACCCUUGGGUUCUUCCUGGAGUACUUCCCAGAGCUGAAGGAGAAAGGGGUGGACUCCAUCCCAGGCCUGGAGUUUGACCGCUGGCUGAACACCCCGGGCUGGCCACCCUUCCUGCCUGACCUCUCACCAGGGGAGCAGCUGAUGAGGCCAGCAGAGGAGCUGGCUGAGCUCUGGGCAGCUGAUGGCUUGAACAUGGAGGCAAUUGAGGCUGUGGACAUCACGGCCUGGAGGACAUACCAGCUGGUCUACUUCCUAGAUAAGGUCCUGCAGAAAUCCCCCCUGCCGGAAGGCAACGUGGAGAGGCUGAGCAAGAUGUACCCAAAGAUCUCCAAGUCCCAGAACGCUGAGCUGAGACUCCGCUGGUGCCAGAUCGUCCUCAAGAACAACCUCGAGGCUGAGUACAGCAAGGUCAAGGACUUCCUCCACAGCCAGGGGAAGCAGAAGUACACCCUGCCCCUCUACCGUGCCAUGUGGGGUGGCUCGGAGUCAGCUCGGGCCCUGGCCAUGGAGACCUUCUCUGCUACAGCCUCCCAGCUCCACAUCAACGUCCAGAACUAUGUCAAGAAGAUCCUGGGCUUGGAGGUGGCAGGGGAUUAG